AUGGCGUCCUCCUCGACGUCUACACAGAACAAUUUGUCUGCGGACAAUGUAACGGGCUUAGCGCCCAUCCUCACUGAUGGCACCGUGAAACGAUUACCGACGAAUGCGAAGGAUCGGCUCUCCACCUAUUCUAACGUCUCGUUCGCCUCACAAAAUCGUUCGCGCCCAGGCUCCCAUGUCUUCCCCAUUUUCCAUACUAGUCUUCCGUAUGCCCUUGUACGGGACUUUGCCUACCCUUCCAUUCAUCCUCUCCACUACGGGCCUCCUCCCCCUCGCGCCUCCGGGGUCUCUACGCCAGCAAGUGAAUAUCGACGCUUGUCUGACCCACCGACUUCAUGGGAUACCUCGCGGGGACCUUGGUCAACGGCUCAAUGGGGUAAUGAACCUACCAACCAUGGCCACCAGCAGUUGCCAGCCAUGUCUUUCGGAGACGGUCCCCCAUAUAGCGAAGAUGAAGACUUGCAUAGCCCAGUAGUCACUUCACGCCAUCGCAAGAGGUCUACCGACAUGAAUGGUCUCGUUGACGAGCGAGUAAUGUCACGAACGGGCCAGUCAGCUGGAAAUAAUGAUCGGGGAACGCUCGUCGGAAUUAACGCUGACGGUAGUGAGACCUACUAUGUGAAUGAUGGGGAUGACUCAGACGAUGGGCCAGGUGGGGAAUACAUAACAUAUCCGCCGAAUGAGGGCCGGUAUUCGAUGAUGGGAUACAGUGCCCCAGGUGGCCAACAGAGUUAUGAACACGACCCUGGCUUUGAGUCGGAAGAUGAAAUACCAGGUGGAGACCGGUACUCCAAUGACUACCAGUUUGCCGUCGGUUGCCCGGAUGAAGAGAUGCACGGAAAGGCCGUUGCACUGUUCGACUUUACCCGAGAGCAUGAGAACGAGCUUCCUCUUACCGAGGGCCAGGUGAUUUACGUUUCAUAUCGGCACGGUCAAGGCUGGCUAGUUGCAGAAGACCCUCGAACAGGCGAGAAUGGUCUCGUCCCAGAAGAAUUUGUGCGGCUCUUGCGAGACAUCGAAGGAGGUCUGACAUCGCUGAAUGGGGAGGGCCUCGAGGUUACGGGCUCAAGCGCAGAUACCAAUGAGUCUGAUCAAGUUUCCACCCCAACUCAGACCGAGCGGCCUUCGUUGGAUGGAAAUACCACUCAGUCUGAAAGCCAGGCCACAAAUGGCAACACUCCCUCAACCUCAACAGAGACCGCCUCGGCUGAAAUGGUUUCAGACGCCGGCAAUCGCACCAGCACGUCGACCAAGACCUGA